UUCCUUUAGAGUUUCGAUUUUAGGUUCUAAGUAUUAAGUUGUGAACCAAUUCGAGAUUAGAAUCCUAAAAUCUAAGCUUAAAAUUGUGAGUUUGGGUUUGAUUAUCGAGGGUAUAGAAUCGCCUUUUAAAUUUUUGGUUUUAGGAUUUAAGUACCAAACGGAUUCAAUUCGGGAAUGGAGCUCUAAAGUUUAAGCUUUAAAUGACGAUUUUAAACACUAAAACAAGCAACCAAGAUUGGGUAAAAAUGAAGUUUUCUCAACGCGUCCGUACCAUCGCAUUGUGUAGACUAAUGUUAAGUAAAAAGUACAUACAAGUUGGUGUUUAUGUGAAUUUACUAAGGAUUAAAAUUUGGAUAAAUAGGUUAAUGAUAUUAAUUUAUGAAGUCAAUGGAUGUUGCUUGUUUUACAAGGUUCGUUAAUUCUUCAUAAACAAUCUAUCGAGAUUGGCAAUUUUUAUAGGAACUGCUUCUCUUGAACUUGUAGCUUUGUGGAUGCCCAUGUGCAAAUACCAUUGAAUCAGAAACAGAGGAAAAACGUCUCAUUUCGUCACUUUUCCAAAUUUUGGUAUAGUUGUUUUUCUUGCAUACUUCUUCCAUGGCAAAGGAUUCAGUUACUCUGCUCAAUUUUCGUGGUCUUUGCGGCAUCGUUUUGCUGUUAUGUGUCUGUUCAUUCAUCUCAUUCAUUUACUGGUACAGUUACCAUAGUCCAUGCUACUCUCUAUACCCAAAAAUGGAGCUUAACCAAAACCAAAUCAACGACCUACUUGCAUUCCCUUCAGCAUGGAACCAGCUUGCUUUUUCAUCAAAGCCGCCUCCGAAGCUUCUUAAAAUCGCUCUGUUCGUCAAGAAAUGGCCUCAGAGAUCUCAAGCAGGAGGGCUGGAACGGCACGCCUUGACCCUCCACCUUGCCCUUGCCAAAAGAGGUCAUGAGCUUCAUAUCUUUACCGCUUCUCCUUCUUCGAAUUCCUCCUUUCCAAGGUACGCGACGAGAAAUUUGUAUUUUCACCUCUCGAAACCAACAGCUGCUGGGUAUCUGGACCAAGCUGUGGUUUGGAAGAUGUUUCAAACUCAAAACUCAACAAGAAGGCCUUUCGAUGUGAUCCACACGGAAAGCGUUGGCCUCCUGCACACUCGAUCGCGUAACCAGACAAAUCUGGCUGUGUCUUGGCAUGGGAUUGCAUAUGAAACUAUACAUUCCGACAUCAUACAAGAGCUUUUGCGGAGCCACGAAGAACCACAAGGGUAUGCAUUGACUGAAAGAAUUAUGAAGGUUGUUGAAGAGGUGAGGUUUUUCCCCAGUUAUGCUCACCACGUUGCUACCAGUGACCAUGUCGGAGAUGUACUCAAGAGGAUUUACAUGAUCCCUGAUGAUCGCGUUCACAUUAUUCUUAACGGCGUUGAUGAGGAGAUUUUCAGGCCGGACAUUGCCAAGGGGGAGAAUUUUAAGAGAAAGUUUGGGGUGCUGGAAUCUAAGACUUUAGUUCUGGGAAUGGCUGGGAGGUUGGUGAGGGAUAAAGGCCAUCCUCUGAUGUUCGAGGCGUUGAAGCAAAUGCUCCAGGAAAAUGAUGCAUUUAGGCAAACUGUUGUUGUUCUGGUUGCUGGGAAUGGUCCUUGGGGUGCAAGGUACAGAGAUCUCGGAGAAAAUAUACUUGUUUUGGGGCCACUGGAACAAGCUCAACUUGCUGAGUUCUACAACGCUAUUGAUAUUUUCGUGAACCCAACUCUUCGCGCUCAGGGAUUGGAUCAUACGUUAUUGGAAGCAAUGCUCUCCGGGAAGCCUGUAAUGGCAACGAGGCUUGCCAGCAUUACUGGCUCUGUGGUUGUUGGUACAGAAGUGGGAUAUACAUUUUCGCCAACAAUAGCUUCACUCAAGAAGAUCCUCUAUAGAGUUUGGAGUGAUGGCAGAGGAGAUUUGAAGCAGAAAGGCCAGGCAGCAAGGCAGAGAGGCUUGCAAUUGUUCACUGCUACAAAAAUGGCGGCUGCUUACGAAAGGCUUUUCCUCUGCAUAUCCAAUGACGAGAAAAGUGGGGAGAACAAUUGUCAAUAUCAGAUUCCAUGACACUAACUUAGCAGAUGACUCAUGCUAGUCCCCGGGACUGAUUGUGGCAUCAUCUUGUCACCGGAUUUUCAGCGUUAGAAGCAAAGCUUUUCUGACAAAGAAUCGGCGUAAGGAUAAAAGGCGAGAGGGUUGAAGUUGUAUCUUCUUGUGGUUGAGAAUCCAACUCUGGACUAGAGCUGUAAGUGUCUUUUAACAAUUUCUAUGUACAUUAAAUUGGCUGAUUAGUCAGGUUUCUUAUGACAAUUUGUUCUCUGCUAAAAUUCCAUGUGUCGUCUAAAUAU